GCUUUAAAAGAAAAACAUUGCUUCUAACUCCAGAAAGAGAGUGUUCCAUUCCACUCCUUCCUCUGUUUUGUUAUAAUUAAGAAUCCCUCCAUUAACACCUCUCUCUCUUUCUCUCUCUAGAAUCCGCCAUUUUUGAUCAAAUCUCUGCAAGUUUUUUUUAAAGAAGAAGAAGAAGAAGAAGAAGAGAAGGUAUAGUAAAUGGUGAUGGGGAAGAAUGGUGUGUUAUUUGUGGUGGUAACCUUAACUCUGCUGCUCCUCGGGUGUUCUUCUUCUUCUUCAGCUGCUCCUCCUGCCGCCAAAAUUGUUGGCGCGGUCGUCACGAAUGUUGUCUCACUUUUCAAAUUGUUGUGGUCACUCAAAUCAACCACAUCACCAACACCCAAACCAGUGGUGUCGAGCCGUUCAACGAUGAAAUUUGAAAGUGGAUACACAGUGGAGACAGUAUUUGAUGGAAGCAAAGUAGGAAUUGAGCCUUUCUCGGUGGAGGUUUCCCCGGCCGGAGAGGUCCUCAUUUUGGACUACCAAAACAGCAACAUCUAUAAGACCUCCUCUCCCCUUUCUCGGAAUAGCCGUCCGAAGCUGGUGGUCGGAUCGCCGGAAGGGUACACCGGUCACGUUGACGGGAAGCUAAGAGAAGCAAAGUUGAACCAUCCCAAAGGGUUUGCCGUCGACGACGCCGGAAACAUAUAUGUUGCAGAUACUAUGAAUUCGGCAAUCCGGAAAAUCAGUGAUUCUGGAGUGGUGACAAUAGCGGGCGGAGGGAAAUGGGCCCGAGGAGUGGCCCACAUGGACGGGCCCAACGAAGAUGCGAAAUUUUCGAGCGAUUUCGAUUUGGUUUACGUUGGAAGCAGUUGCUCCCUUUUGGUGAUAGACAGGGGAAAUCAGGCGAUUAGAGAGAUUCAACUUCACCAGGAUGACUGUUCUGAUCCCCAUUAUCAUCAUCGUCGUCAUCGUCAUCGCGAGGACGACGAUGACGACUCCAAUCUCCACCAUCUAGGUAUAGCACUGCUUGCCACGGCUGUUUUUUUAGGUUACAUGAUCGCAUUGGUGCAACGUAGAAUGGCAGCUCUGUUUUCAUCUCACAGUGAUCUUGAGACUCCGACAAGGGGCAUUUUGCCACCACCAUCUCAAUAUCAGCUGAACGCGAAGCCGAUUAGGCCUCCGUUGAUCCCGCCGCCGGCGGAGGAUGACGACGAAUACGAGAAAACUGGCGAGAACCUGUUCGUUUCAAUUGGGAGACUCUUUGCCGCCGCAAGCGCGUCCGUGUUUGAAAUCUUCGGAGGGAUGUUCUCGAGGUCGAGACCUAAUAAAAAGUCUCGACCUCAACAGCAUCACCACCACCACCACCGCCUUCAACAUUACCCUUCUUACCCUAAUUACGACAACCCCCCGGUCGCUCGGCCCUUGCAAGAGAGCUACGUGAUCCCGCGCGAAGAAGAGCCGCCGCACUUGGAGCCCGUGGACCCGACCCCGAGAAAUUCGUACUCUCACACCCCCCUGAAAGACGUCGAGAGGGCUCGUCAUUUCAAGCAGAGCCGUCCCAACGCCACUUACAGUGGGUGGACUGGCGAUCCGCGACAACAACAACUGCAACAACAACAACAACAACAUCAGCAACAACAUUAUUAUCAACAACAACAACAGCAACAACAACAACAGUUUCAACAAUUGCAUCGUCAUCAAAAACACCGGGCCCCGAGCCCGCAGACUUACAUCGAAAAGAGUUGCGAGACGAAAGAGAUCGUUUUCGGGGCAGUCCAAGAGCAGGACGGACGUCGGGAGGCGAUGGUGAUUAAAGCGGUCGACUAUUCCGACCCCGCGGCUUUCAAUCGUUACAAUGUCCGGUCGAGGUACAACUAUAAUGCCACCUAUUCACAUGGUUACAAUUAACAGUGUAGUGUGCACUCAAACAUCUAUGUUUUUUGUUUUGUGGUCAGGAAGAGAAUUGACAUAUGUUUGUUUCCCUUUGUUGGUUUCUUACCUGACAUAUGUAACAUAUGUAAAACCAAACUUCAUAUAGUAACUUAGUUCAAAUCACAUGUUGCUUUCAUCAUUAAACUCACUUGGCAUGA